AUGGAUAAUUUACCAUCACUGGAGACUCACCAUUCAUCUUUAGAUAAUUUGACAAAGCAACAAGAACUAACGGGGAAUGACCCUAACGAUACUAAUAGGAAACGAAUAAGAGUGGCAUGUGAUAGUUGUCGACGGAAGAAAAUCAAAUGUAAUGGUUCUUAUCCAUGUGGGAAUUGCAUUCAAGCUAAAAACACCAAUAAUUGUCAUUUCACUGAACGACCCAUGAGAAAGAAAUUGAAACAGAUUAAACAAGAGAAUAAAUCGACUGCUGCUACUAAUAGUAAUGGAGUCUCAAAAAGGAAACACAAGGAUGUUUUUAACGGGGACAGCAACAAUGUCAAUACUGUAAAACAGGGUAAUACUUUUGGCAUAGUUGAAAACAAGCCAAGUGAUAUAGAAUCAAGAUUGAGUAGAAUUGAAAAUUCAAUGUCGAGAAUGAUGCAUACUAUAGAGAGCAUACUGCAAAACUUUAUAACACAAGCAAUGAAAAGCAAUCAUUCCAGUUCAUCUAUUUUCAAUAAUAAUUCAUUAUCACCGACUCCUUCAGAAGAUUUUAAUAAAAGUAGAUCAGAUAGUGAAGAACAACGAACUUCUCAAACUUAUACUAAUUUGAAAGAUCAUGCUAAAGAUGCUAAUGAAUUAUUGAAAUUGAGAAAUUGGGAUGAAUUUGUUGGUACUCAUUCCAUUACUUGUAUUUUUUCUCGAGAAUCAUUAGAUUGGAUGGAAAAAACUUUAGGGGCUUAUGGUGAAGAAUAUUUGACUCCAAUAAGGAAUUUACCUUUAGUGUUUCAUUCAGAAUUAAAACCAUAUAUUUUGAAAUGGAUUGAUCCUCCCGUAGUAGAUAAAUUACAAAGGAAAAAAUUAUUAGAAAGUCCAUUCCCUAUUGAUUCAAAAUUAAUUUCAAAAUUAAUUGAUUUAUAUUAUGAAGAAACAAGUAUGAUCAAUAUUUUAGUUGAUGAAUCAAGAGUAAGAAGUUUAUUUGCCGCAUACUAUAAUAAUUUUGCUGAACCAGUUGCUAGUAAAAGAAGAAGAUUCAGAUUGUCAGAAUUGCUUUUAAUGACAUCUAUAUUAUUAAUUUCUUUGAGUUGUUUAACUGAAGAUGAUUUUAAUGAAGAACGAAUCGCCACUCCCACUUCAUCAACUAGUAGCAAUUAUUCUGCAGCAUCAGCAAAUCUUUUGGGUGAUUAUAGCAAGAAUAAACUAUUGGCUCUACAGAAUUCAUUGGAGAAUAGUGCCAUUUUCUAUUAUCAUAGAAUUAGUGUUAUAAGUGAAGGUCUAGAAACAGUAGAAGCAUUAUUGAUGUUUAUUAUUUAUGUUGAAUCCAAUUGGUUGACGAGUUUUUUCAAUUAUACAAUUAUUACUGUGACAAUUAGAUUUGCUCAAGAAAUUGGUCUUCAUAGAGCAGAAACUUAUUUUAAUUUGGAUAUUGAAGAGGCGACGAAAAGACGUAAAAUCUGGUGGUUUUGUUAUUUUUUCGAUAUUGAAUUUUGUUUCAAAUCAGGUAAACCUCCAGUGAUCAACACCAAUGAUGUCACCACCAAUAGUGAUGAAGAUUUAUUACGGGUUAUUAAUCAAUUGAGACAGUAUGGACCAUUAUCACCAAAAGAUAGGAUGUAUAGUCCUGUUUGUCACACAAUAUCCACCAGCUUGUUAGAUUUGAGUGGAGCUGAUUCUAUUUGUUUAGAGAUUUUGAGAAUCAUUCAAAUGGGAGAUGUUCUUGAUGAUCCAUUUUAUUUCCAAUUUUGUGCCUUGUUACAAUCAAGAAUAAGAUCAAAUUCUUAUCAUGAUUUAUUUAUUGCCUCGGCUGAAAAACGCGAUUUCAGUGCCAUAUCCAAUACUUUAGAAAAAUUGAAUGCCGAUAUGUUUGAGUUGGCCAUGUAUUUAGCUGAUGAGGCCAAACCUCGAUUUUAUAAUGAUCCAAAGUUUACAUCUGUUCAAGCAAGUAAUAGUACCACGAUUAAACGAGACACCAUUCUUGCCAUGAAAUUGACUUUUUUCUCGCAUUUAAUGAUUAUUAAUCGAUAUCCGUUAAUGAUUGUUACUGAGGAUUCGAAAUUUGAUGAUCGAGUUAUAAAAUUCAGAAAUUUAUCUUUAGAUUCAGCGAAAACUAUCCUUAUGUUGAUCAGAGGUUGGCAUCGAGAGAGUGCUUCAGCACUAUUUUAUAAUUGGGCAAUAUAUUUCCCCGUGGCAGCAUAUCUUGUAUUAGUAGCAGCUAUUAUAAAUCACCCACAAUUACCAGAAUCAGGGACCAAUUUGAAUUUAUUGAUUGAAACUUCUUUAAAUUUCUUUAAAAGUAGUAAACAAUGGAAUAGCUCAAAUAACACUCAGAAGAAACAACAAAAUAAUACUACUAUAUGUGUGAACAAAAUAGUUGCCAUUGAAUUGAUCGUCAGAUUAAUGUUGAGAGUGGUGAUUAAAGUUUAUGAACUUCAUAAUAAUGUGGAAAUUUUAGCCAAUAAUCCAACUUUACAAAAUCAUUUACAAGAAGCUCAAGAGAAAUUCCCGGACAUUUUCCAAAACCAUGCUGAAUUUACUUCUAAAAUGGUUGCUUUAGUUGGUGCUUCACCUUUCAGUGGUGGUAGUGGUAACUGUAACGGUAGCAGUUGUAAUUUAAGAGAUGGUUAUGCUAGUCAUGGUCAAAAUACUAUGUACCCUUCACCUAAAGUCCCCAAUAAUACUUAUAAUACCAAUAUUAGUGUAGGGUCAAGCUCGACUGGUGAUCAUCAAGUUUAUCAUGCCCAAUCACCAAGUUAUAAUGCUUCCUUGUCAAAUAUAAUUAAUAAUGAAAGUACAGGUCGCUCACCAGCAACUGCAACUGCAACUGCAGCAACAACAAUGUCUCAACCAAUGAUGAAUGAAAAUUAUGAUUUGUUCAAUGAUUAUUUGAUUGAUAAUUCUGCUGUAAAUUUACCAUUUAGCCAGUUUAAUAAUUUACCCAAUUUUUUCUUUGACAAUAAUUUGGGAAUCUAA